UUCUUAUCUGGGAUCUCAUAUCUCCAUGGCUCUUUCCUUUUCUCACCAUCCUCUUCUUCAUGAGAACAAAAUCCCUUUUGCUGUGCAACCUCCACGCAUACCUUUAACAAAGACCAACAACACAUACACAACAUGCUUGCUUCAAUUCCCAUCUAUUCAGUGUUGCUCAAGUUUCAACCACAAAACCAGCAUCAACCUUAAAACUUGCAAGAAUUGCAAAACCCAAUUCGACUCUACCCUCAACCACCCUUUAGCUUGUCGAUUUCACACUGCCCAUUAUGGAGGAGAAACUAAGAGAAAGUUUGAGAGUGUGUAUGAAGGUGGCACCAUGAAUACCCCUGAUUCUGGCCAAGUUUUCCAGUAUUGGCAUUGUUGUGGAUCUGAAGAUCCAUUUGACCCUGGUUGCACCGCUGCUCCUCACUCCUCAUAUGAUGACUGAUGUAGAUGCCAUUCAUCAUCAUCCUUGAAUCUGUGGUUCACUUUUUCCAUUUUGGAUUCUUUUAGCUAAAUAUAGUUUCUGAACUCGUGUACAAAAUUAUAUUGAUUCCUUAAAUGAUUUCCGAAAAUUUGUAUGUCUUCCUCAUGCAAAACAAGUAUGUGAGUACACAUCUAAUCUGUUAUCCAGUCCUAAUACUUAGUUUCCCCCCAC